GGACCAAUCAGAAGCCACGUUGCUGCGAGGUAGAAGAAGACUACGCGUGUGCGCAGGCAGUAGUGUGAGAUGAAAAGAGAGGUAAACAGCUAACUGUUAGCGAGUAAAACGGGUCAAAAAUGGAUUCACAGAAAGAUUUACAGCCACCCAAACAGCAGCCUAUGAUCUACAUAUGUGGAGAGUGUCACACUGAAAAUGAAAUUAAGGCUCGUGAUCCAAUCCGAUGCAGAGAGUGCGGUUACAGGAUCAUGUACAAGAAGAGAACAAAGAGAUUGGUUGUUUUUGAUGCCCGGUGAAGAAGAGGAGAGCUGCAGUUUUGAUUGUUUUUGUUCUGUGCUAUUUUUCUAGUUAUGACCAUGUAAAUAAAUAACCCAAUCACCUCUGACCACCAGGCCUGGCAGCAGAUUUAUGAAUUCUAGUUAAAACUCACAAUUUUCAUGUGGACACAAACAGAACUGUGUGUUUUUACUGAAGAGUGAUGGAUGAAAGUUUUGGUUUAUUAAAAACAUGAUUUUUCACUGAC